AUGCGCAACUUGAUCUUUGCGCUCGUCCUCGCCUUUGCGCUGGCUGUGCCGGCCUCGGCGCAGUUUGGCGGCUUCUUCCAGCAGGCGUUCAACUUUGGCGGACACCAGCAGCAGCAGCAGCAGCAACAGCAAGGCGACCCGGCCGGCCGGAGGGAGCACAAGGGCUGGCACGAGAUGCACGAGGUCAGCUGGUGCGGCCCAUUACUCGCCCCCUCCCUCGUCCGAGUCUCCUCUACCGCGCCUACACGACGAGUACGAUCUAACGCCCAGUCCCCUGCCGCGCAGGCUACGUCUGCCCAGCCUCGCUCGUGUGCGUCCCCACCCCGGCAGACUGCCCAUGCCCAUACCCGUGAGCUGCUUCCUUUUUCCGGCGUCACCUCACUGACGCGCAACCCUUCGCCCCACAGCGAGGACACAAAGUGCGUGCUCCCCGACGACAGGCCGCGCGACGAGGGCGAGGGACCACCCUUUGUCUGCGUCCGCAGCGAGGUGGGGUGUGACGAGGUGGUCUUCUUCUCAAAGCCCAUCUGA